AAAUAUACGCAUACCUCAUUUUCACACCUUUCCAAUUAGAGAUAGCAACAUCAGUGAAGGACAUCAGUGAGCUUUGAGAUCUCAAGCUGAAGUUCGAGUUAUCAUGGCUGAUCCCACACGCCGUAGUGGAGUCCGAUCGCUAGGAAUACCAUCCCAUGCUGGACAGCAAACACAACUGAUUCGCCGCGUAAAUUUUGAAAAGGUGAUCAAACCCGGAGGAUAUGGAGUGCCCGAAAAGAGGAGAUCUUGGCUGCGUCAAUGCUUGAGCUACUUGCUCAAGGAUGGAAAUCUGACAAUGGCUUCCGUACUGGUUAUUUGGGGAAGAUUGAGGACUCUCUACGCAAGGAGUUUCCGAAUACCGACCUGAAAGGCACGCCCCAUAUCACCUCCAGGAUUAGCGCGUGGAAGAAGAGCUACACGAGCCUGACAAAAAUACUAGGCCGUAGUGGCGUGGGAUUCAAUUCGGAUGGGCAAUAUAUGAUUGAAUGCGACGACGAUCAGUUGGAGGCAAUCGUCCAGGCUGAUAAGGAUGCGAAGUUCAUGCGGGGCAAGUCAUGUCCUUUAUGGGAAACAUGGAAGGCCAUAUUCGGAAAGGAUCAUGCUAGCGGUGCAGGGGCAGAACAGGUCGCUGAUGCGGUGCACCGUCUGCGGGGCAAUGGCCCAAGUAGUAGUGAGGUCAAUGAGAAUGAUUUCCCAGGCUUCGAGGACCAAGAUUCCGAUAACGUGGUUCGUCUGUCACAGGCGUCGGGGUUUGAAGGCUACAACUCCGGAAAUAAUGGCAAACAAGCUUCCAUCAACAAUUCCGGCAGGAGUCAGAAACGCAGACACGUGGUUGCCGAUGCAUCACUCAUGGAAUUCCUCUCAAAUCUGCAUGCUGAGACAAACGCUCGCCUCGAGGUGAUUUCAUCAAGGAUCAGGUAUGAAUUCGAUCUUGGAAAGGCUAAACAAGAUGUAUUCGACAAGCUGGAAACUGUGGAAGGCCUCACGCUCGAUCAAAGGUACGAACUGUGCAACAUCUUAAGCGACAAACCGCAGCGCCUUGAGGUCUUCAUGGGAAUGCGCGCUGACGCUCGUCUUGGUUACCUAUUGAAGCUUAUCGAGGAGAAUCAGAAAGUUAUGUGAAAUGAUAGCAAUGGUGAAUGGCGUGUCUUUUGUUUCUACCUUUUUUUUGGUUAUGCCAAAACUGAUGCAUAUUUUAUAUGUAGCCAUCGUGUACUAGGAUCUGAAAAAUUUGCGAUAAGACUAUGUGCUCUAUCGAGCAGUUUGUAUAGCUA